AUGAGGAGAGUUACCCUCCAAGGGCGAGACAUCCAAGACCUCCGGAGCCAGAUCGGAGCGAGCCGUCAUCUGUUUGCCGAACACGUCAAAAGUCACGGUUCUACAUGUGAUGUGUCCAGAAACACAUGUGAAAUGCUGGAUCUCACCCUCAAUGUGAACUCAAGUCUGUUUGUCUAUAUCACUAUCAAGUAUCGAUUCACCUCAUCAAUGUAUUUAAAGGAGAAGGUUGUAGCCAAUCAACUCACUGCUGGAUUGGAGAGACACAACAUUUAUGAUAAGUUUCAGUCAGGGUUUCGGAAGCAUCAAUCUACUGAAACUGCUCCUCUGAGGGUUUCAAAUGAUAUCCUUAUGUCUUCCGAUGCAGACAGAAGUUUCACUGUCUCUAUUGGCUACUCCGUAUCGGAUUCAUCUGUUUUGCGUUUUGGUGUCCCACAGGGUUCGAGGACUCCAGGAGAGGCUCAUGGAGGGGUGGAGGAAGAGGAGGUGGUGGUGGUAGUGGUGGAUGGAGAGGAAGCAGUGGUGGUGGAUCAAGAGGAGGCAGUGGAGGAUGGAGAGGAGGAGGAGGAGGAGGAGGAGGUAGUGGUGGAUGGAGAGGAAGGGGUGGUGGAUGGAGAGGAGGAGGGAGGAGGAGGAGGGUGGAGGAGACCAUGGAGAGGAGGAUCAGCAGGUGGAGGAGGAGGGAGAGGUGGAGGAGGAUUGGUAAGCCAAACCCCCAGCACUCCGAGAGUCCUUUGUCAGUCCACUCUGGAUAUAUUAUGUCCCUACAAAGGAUGGAUGCUCUACUUUACUGAAGGCUUUAUAGAGAGCUCGCCCUGUGUGGAAAAGAUCAAAGUGUUUGAGAAAUAUUUUGCCUCCAAGAUUCACCUUUAUGACAAGGAUGAGAUUGAGCGUCAGGGAAGUGUGCUGGUGGAUUAUGCAGACUUAACUGGAGAUAACACAGUGUGUAAACGGCUUCCUGAACUAACCACAGAGCUGAAUGAGCAACCAGAACUGAUCCUCAACUGUUUGGGAGUGGCCAUUCACCAGGUGUUGACUGUAGAUUUGGAGAAACAAGCUGCUGAGCUGCAAGGGGAAGAGCUUCCUGCAGCCACACCAAUCAUCAACAUCCCUCACAUUAGUGCAAGGCUGUAUAACUAUGAACCGCUGACUCCUUUACGGAUGUUGCGUGCCAGUGUGUACGGACGGCUGGUGUGUGUGAGGGGAACGGUGGUCAGAGUGAGCAACAUUAGACCUCAGUGUACCAGGCUGGCCUUCAUUUGUCUGUCCUGCUCACACACAAUGUCUCUGCCACUGCAGCAUGGGAAGUAUGCUACACCCACCAAGUGUCCCCAGGUGGAGUGUCGCAGUCGUUCAUUCGCCGCCUCCCGGAGUUCUCCCCUUACACAGACUGUGGACUCGCAGAUAAUCAAGGUGCAGGAGUUGAUGGGCGGAGAGCAGAGGGAGGCUGGGAGAAUCCCUCGCACCGUGGAGUGUCACCUGACCUCUGACCUGUGUGACAGCUGCGUCCCUGGAGACACUGUUACAGUGACGGGGAUAGUCCGAGUUACCAGUGAUGGCACUUACAGGGGGAAUAAGGAUCAAUGUAUGUUCCUCCUCUACAUUGACGCCACUUCAGUCAGCAAUACUAAAGGUCAGCAGUCGAAGUCAGGAGGUCCGGGGUCGAGAGGUUCACCUGGAGAUCGUUCUGGAGGGGAAGAGUUCAGUCUGAAAGAGCUUUAUGCCAUCCAGGAGAUCCAGUCACAGCCUGACCUGCUAAGACUUAUAGUGCACUCUAUGUGUCCUGCCAUCUAUGGCCAUCUGGUGGUGAAAGCUGCUCUGGCUUUGAUAUUGUUUGGAGGGAGACAGAAACAUGUAGACAAGAACAGCGUCCCAGUCAGAGGAGACCCUCACAUCUUGAUGGUGGGAGACCCAGGCAUGGGAAAGAGUCAAAUGUUACAGGCAGUGUGCAAUGUGGCUCCCAGAGGAAUCUAUGUAUGUGGCAACAGUACAAGCACCACAGGAUUAACCGUGAGUUUAUCCAGAGAUUCAGGAACAGGGGAUUAUGCUCUGGAGGCUGGAGCCUUGGUGCUGGCUGACCAAGGUCUGUGCUGCAUUGAUGAGUUUGAUAAGUUGGGCAACCAGCAGCAGGCUCUGUUAGAAGCCAUGGAGCAACAGUCUGUGAGUCUGGCCAAGGCUGGAAUAGUUUCCUCACUUCCUGCCAGGACUUCGGUCUUAGCCGCUGCAAACCCCAUCGGAGGGCAUUACAACAGAGGCAAGACUGUCUCGGAAAAUCUGAAAAUGGGCUCAGCUUUGCUCUCUCGCUUCGAUGUCGUCUUCCUCCUGCUGGACAUCCCAGACGAGUCACAUGACCGCCGCCUGUCGGAGCACGUCAUGGCAAACAGGGCAGGAAGCGGCAGAGGCAGGGCCAGCAGCGCUGUAGUAACCAGAAUCAACAGUGAACUGGAGACCUCCAUCCUAUUAGAGCAAUCAGACAUGCCGCUGUCUGAACGUUUGCAGAUCCCUGCAGGUGAAAUUGCUGACCCCAUUCCAGUAUGCUUGUUAAGGAAGUACAUCAGCUACGCUCGUCAGUACGUUCACCCGUCACUUUCUCCUGAAGCGGCACAAAUCCUCCAGGACUUCUACCUGUCGCUGAGAUCUCAGGCACACACUGCUGACGCCACGCCCAUCACCACUCGACAACUGGAGUCUUUAAUCAGACUAACUGAGGCAAGAGCAAGGUUGGAUCUCAGAGAGACGGCUACCAAGAGUGAUGCUGAGGAUGUGGUAGAGAUCAUGAAACACAGUCUGGCUGAUACAUAUUCAGAUGGUCUGGGCAAUCUGGACUUUGAGCGCUCUCAGCAUGGAUCAGGCAUGAGCCAACGCGGUGCUGCAAAACGACUGGUCAACGCACUGCACACGCAUGCCAACAGGACCAAUCAGAGAGAGUUUGACCUGCAGACGAUUCGAUCUCUGGCCGACAAAGUGAACAUAAAGGUGAUGGACUUUCAAGGUCUGGUGAGUUCCCUGAAUGAACAGGGUUUCCUGCUGAAGAGAGGAUCCAAGCUGUACCAGCUGCAGACUAUCUGACCACUGACAACUAUAAAAGACUCAGAGUGCACACCUGUACCUCUACCUGCAGAGCUCACAGCAAGGUCAGUGUUGAGGAACAAUGCACAGUGGUGUCUCUCUAUAGACAAGAAAAUAAAACUGAUGGGGAGCCAACUAUCCAAACCACUGAGUGACGAAACCAGCAACCAGCAGACGACACUGUGUCCAGCUGAAGAGGUAAUAGACACACAGGCUGCUCAGAUUGUGUAACGUAAUUUUCAUUAAAUCAGUAAGUAGUUAAGUGAAAAAUUGACUGUGAAAUUAGAUGUUUUUUGAGUAAGAAAGUAAGAAUUGUUCUAAGAUAUUAGCGCACCAGUGAUAUAUUGUAUCAGUGUUGGCAAAUAAGAAACAAAAACUUGCAGUACAGAAAUGCCAAAUAUCUUAAUCAUAAUUCUUUGAAAAAAAACAAAUCUAAGGGAUCCGAUUCAAAACUGUGCCUUUAUGUAAAAACAUUUUUUUUUUAUAUUUGGGGGAUUUUUGGUUGAUUUUUAACUCUCAAAUAUUAUUAUCUCUCAAGAAUUCACUGUUGGUCAGGCUUUGGUGUGGUCAUCUAAAAAGCAAAAAUGUAACAUUAUUUGCAUUUCAUUUUUGUCUGGGUUCUCUCACAAAUGUUCAGUUUUAUCUCCUGUUUUCGUUAACUUUUCGUAUGGAAUGCACUUUAUUAUUUAACAAAAAAUUGUGUUAAUCGAGUAA